AAUCUAGGUUUGUUGAAUGUGCAUAAAUCUUGCUCGCUUAGAAGAUGUUGAUGGACAUGGUGCUGACAAAUAUAUCUUAGACGCCACCGGUAUAUAACUUCGUGUCUUUCUGAUUAAAAAAGAGAACAUAAUAGGAUCUGCAGGUACCUGGGCGUAGGAAACCUGGAGAUAGGCCUACUAAAUCUCAUGGCAGUCUCAUAUAUUGAAUAAUGCCAGCUCCCAAGGUCAUUCGUAGAGUGGAAAUAUGGAUAGAUGCAUGCAGCUCCUUCUUGUGAUUGUUGCCGGCGCACUUACCUUCGCUGGUGUGAAUUCAGAAUGCCUUUCGCCGAACGCUACCUGUUCAAACUGUACCUCCAGCCCCGGCCUCAACGAUGUAGACUCCUACCCUGCCAAUUCUUACAUAACAUGGAUGUGCAAUGAUGGAUUUGCAAUGGGUGGUGAUGCUGACGCCGUCGUUUGGGUUUGCGCAGAAGAUGGGGAGUGGCUGGGUGACGAACCUAAUUGCACAUUCAUCACGUGUCCCAGCCCUCCUGUCCCGGCCAAUGGCGAUAUUGAGAACGGGACUCAAAGGGACUUCUACACACCCGGUGACGUGAUCCAAUAUACAUGCAAUGCAAAUUAUUACUCAAAUAACACAGACCUAACCAGCACGUGCCUUCCAAGCGGUUCUUGGUCCAAUGUGGAACCAUACUGCUCAAUCAAUUGCAGUGAUAGUCAAAUUUCGUUCCCCGAACGCAGUACAUGCUUUGCAGUAUCCUCUGGAGUUAGCGAAUGGUCUGGUGCCAGGGAUUACUGCGAUAGAGAAGGGGGUUUCCUCGCUCUUGUCAAAGAUGAUGAAACUCAAACUUUUCUCAAUGAAACUUUAGCGGGGCUUAAUGAGCAAUUUUGGAUUGGUGGACAAGAAGGAAGGCAUUGGAAGUGGAGAAGAGAUGGGAGGAACAUAACGCGACUGUUUUGGAAAGAGGGAGAGCCGAGCAGCACCAGUGAGAAGUGCGUCGAGAUGAGAGACCUAAUUUACCGUCAGAAUUGGAAUGAUGAGAGUUGUGGAAACUCAGAAGGAAAGGGAUACAUAUGCCAAUUUAACAGCUCGGUAUGCUCUGGCGGCUAUUUGGAUCCGCAAAAUUACACGGCUCUCUACCGUGGAGACUGUUAUCAUUUCUUCAACAUCAGUUCUACAUGGAAUGGCGCAGCGACUGCCUGCGAAUCUCAGGAUGGAUACUUGGCUGAAAUCUUGGAUAUGAGCACACAGGAUUUCAUUUCAGCGGAGGUUAGGAGAGUGUAUGGAAAUGAAACAGAAUGGUGGAUUGGCGGCUAUGAAGAAGGAAAUGGAGAACCAAGGUCGUGGUUCUGGGUUGACAACACCAGAGUUUCAACCUUCCAGUGGGCAUCUGGGGAGCCGAACGACUUAUUUGGAAAUGACGAAUGCAUUGAGCUUUCAUAUGACAAAGACUUUAAAUGGAACGAUGAGCAAUGUAGCCAGCCUAGGCGAUUUAUUUGUCAGUUUGGUUUACCAACAUGUGGGGAUCCCGGGGAGCCGCUCCAUGGAUCCAGGUUGCCGUCGGAUACCCCCUCUUUCCUAGACGGAGCUACCGUAAACUACGAGUGUGACCCAGGUUACGAGGUCAAAGGAGACACCUUAGCUACGUGCAUGUUCAAUGGCAGAUGGGAUUCAGUGAGACCGGUGUGUGAAGCCGUUACUUGCCCAAAUUCGACUAUCGAAGUGCAAAACACUGCGAACGCGACGGUAUCCUCCAACGCGUAUCGAGGGGUAGCUGUCUAUACUUGCUCCACGGGUUACGUGCCCGAUGCCUCUCCAGUCAGUUACUGCCAGGCAGAUGGAACGUGGAGUAAUCCGAACUUUACCUGCACUCUUGCGAUGGCAGUACCAACUCAGCCCACAACCGAUGCCUUGACAACUUCUCAUAAAACAGACGAGGCUUCGACGACUUUCGCUGAUUAUACUACUUCACCCUCUAAUGAUAUGACGUCACAAAUCUCAGAUUCAACAACAGGCUCCUCAACUAUUGGAGCUUCUACAACUUACACUUCAGAAGAUCCGAAGACCGAUUCGCCGACCACGUCUUCCAAAACCGACAAGAUUUCUUCACUUCCUGACUCAUCUACUGCACAUACAACAAAGGAUUAUCCGGCUUCAUCUCCAAAAACUGACAAGAUUUCUUCAACUCCAGAAUCCUCUACUGCACCUACUGAAAAGGGGGAAAUAACCACCGAACCAUCUAACGGGGACCCGCAGCCAAAUAUUGGUGCAAUUGUUGGAGGUGUUUCAGCAGCAGUCAUCGUCAUCAUACUGCUGAUAUUGGCUGUUGCGUUAACCAAGAAAAGGAAAUCAAAUCGUGCGAAAGCUAGCGGGGCGCUUAUCCUGAGCGGCGAACCAGACACGAAAGCGGAGAAAAACACUUACUACAUGAGUGAGCUUGAGUCGCCUGGGAUAGUAGAGGAAGUAGACCAAGCAGGCUUUAGAGAAGAUGCAACAGGAAGUGGACAAAUAAAUGGACUCUAUGUCUCACAGGAACAACCCGGAAGUGCUUCAUCAGGGUCAAUCCCAAACUAUGCACGGGUCAAGAAAACUGAAAUGGUGGAAAACGAGUUGUACGGAAAAACUGGCGAAGACAACGGGUACUCUGGACGGAAGGCAUCUUACAAGGACUUUAAUAACUCUUCUACCUUUCCGACUGAUAUGAAUAACGCCCCCUACGAUGGUAUGGUUGAUAAUGAACUAUACGCCCCUGCCACUCGCUGAAGAGACACAGUUUUUUAGUCAAAUAUACACGUAAAUAUGCAUUCCGGAAAGGAGAGUAUCCUUAGCACGAACAAAUAUAUGCUUUGUGCACUUCAGCUAUGGCAGUAGACGCCAAUAUUAUUGUAUCUUUGACGCAUUUACACUAUAUCAUUUUUUAUUUCAAAUACAAAAUAUUCGUGUUCUCAAGUUGCACAAAAUAGAAUUUUGUUAAAUAAAAUUAAGUUUUAGAGUGG